AUGUUUUCUGGAUUUCAGAGCGAUUGGUCGCAGGCACUCACUCUAGAAGACUCUAAACAGAUAGAGGAGUUGGUUGGCAAGCAUGCUGACGAGAAGAACUCUACAGGGCAGACGGCCCUAAUGCUGGUCGCUCAACAGCCUUCCUCAAAGCUUGCUUCUCUUCUGUUGCCACACAGUCUGCAUAUCUGCGACCCUAGAGGAAGGACUGCCCUGCAUUAUGCAGUGGAAGCAAAGAAUACGAACUUUUUGGAGUUAUUCCUCAUUAGAACGUGGCUGAAGAGAGACGAGGAUGGCAUGUCUCCCAUCGAGACGGCGAUAAUACAUGGAAAUGUUGAGCCACUUAAGUUCUUCUUACAGCACAGAAUGCUAUUGCAGGAUGACUUGGAGGCGGCGCGGAUAUUAGCCUCUGAAUACACUUCAAAGGAAGUCAUAGAGUUAUUAGCAACCUAUGACCCUUCGUCACUGUCUUCCAUAUCUGCUUCACCUCACGGCGAGGACACAACACUUGCCAAAUUCAGUUCAUCAACCAUGAAAGCACUUAUAGCCCAAGUCAAAGGUGCUAUGUCAGAUGAUAGCACUAAUGUAGAUGAACUAGUAUGCGAACUACUUGAGAAGGCAGCAGGAACACCAGCCCUUGGAAAGGCGCUCACUUCAUUCUAUUCUAAGCGUAUUAAAGGUCUGAAGACGUCACUCUCCAGUGAAAAGCAAAGAAACAAAAGACUGGCAGAGGAUGUCGAGUCUGGUGUGUCGACGCUGAGUGCCUUCAUGACCGAAAUUCAGAGAUUGACUCACGAUGCAGAGGAAAGAGAGAGGAGCAAAGCAGAGGCAAUAGACCUUUCAGUAUUAGCUGCUCUAGACUUGUGUGAGGCCUCUAUUCAGACUGACAGUGCAGCCGCAGAGCCGACUGUGAAUAGAGCGGAUGAAGGACUCAAGCGCACUAGCCUUCAAUGUGCAGAAUGUUUACGGAAGAAAAUAACACUGGAUAGGUGCGCUGAAGAUCUAGAGACCGUAAAGGAAAAGCUACGUCUUACAACGGCUGAGAUUGAUGAACAGGCAGCAAAAUUGCAGAAGAUUACAGCAGAAAGGGACGAAGCAUUAGAUAAGUUUAAUGACAUGGUUGCUGAAAGCGCACGGACAAGGCUUGAUAAGGAGGCUGGCACAGCAGAAGCAGAGAAAGCUAUGGUUGGUGAUUAUGUAGAAAAUUUAAUUACAGAGUUACGAAAUACAGUACUAACCUUGGAGAAUGGAGGUAGUGAGAACCUGGAUAUUGCUGCCAAGGUUAAGGAAAGCACACUAAAAACUGCGGAUGAGCUCAUUCGCAUGGUUAGCAAUGUCUCAACCAUUGAGAAUAUACACUGUGCGCAGUCGCUCACAGAAACCUUAUUCUCUAACUUGACUGUUUUCCUCGUUGAGCUGCUCAAAGAGAAGCAUAUAGCAAAGACAGCAAUUCUAGAGAAAGUGUACUUGGAAAAUGCCAUACAAGAGCUCCACUUGACCGCGCACCUAGACUCUAAGACUAUUCUGUCUAAGGGAGGCAAAGGCUUUGAUAGACCCGAUCCAGACGCGGCUUCAUUUCCUAGCCUUCCCAAAGAGUGCCAGGGUACCACAAUGGCUUCCACUGCGGAACCUAUAGUAGUCGUAAAUGUAGAACCAUGUGCCCUUGUCUCUAAAGCUGGCGACGAGGAUAUGGACAUGCUAGAUGACGCGGAAGCGCUCGGGAGAUCUCUUUCCGCUAAAGACUUGGACGGCGUAGACUCCCCUAGCAAGUACACUGCUAGUUUCAUCAAGAAUGCUAUUCGUGAGGCAUCUAGCAUAUCAUCCUUCACCUCGGACAAACUGGCCGAGUUGCCACAGAGACCUGAUGAUGCUGAACACCGUGCACCAAGUGAUGUUUCAUCCACAACGUUGAGCUCUAUCAGCUUUGUCAGCCACGGCAGUGACAACAGUACCACUAGUGCUCCCGGGGGAACCAGGCAUGUACUAACCUAUGGGAGUAGGCGAUCCAACACAGAGGCGAUCAUCAGCCAAAUGAUCAAAUUGAGCGCAGAAAGGCCGGUGAUUUCUGGCAAGCAACUGCCACUAUCAGUUCACAGCUCAACUCACGUAGAGCUGGCACCCUCGCAGCCUACAGAAUCGAAGGCCAAGUACGCCAAUACAGCGCUUUCAGAAGACUCAAGGGCAUUCUUCGGGAAGCGGAAUGCUGAGCUAAAUAAGAGUACUAGCUAUUUGCUAAAGUCAUCCUACCAACCCCCCGUUAUUGCCGAUGGACGCUCGCCACUAAAGAGCAUCGUUGCAGAUAUUUCCAACUGCUGGAUACGCAACUCCUCGCCUUUGAACAAGUACAACGCAGAUAUGGUGAAGAAAUCGAACCCCUAUGAGUUUUAUGGAACUGUGCUAAGCAAAUCUAGAAGCACAUCAACACCAUUGGCCAGGAGUCAUGGGCCAGACAUCACAGACUAA